AAAAAGGACGAUAAAGUAAAGAUGUCAGAUAAGAACGACGAGUUAAAAAUUUAUUGGAAUAAAAUUAUUUAUGCGUUUCCAAUUCUUAACGACUCGCUGCUUACUGACUGUACUGCUCCAGAAUACGAAGAAAUACAGCAAAUAAUCGUUGGUUUGGAAGUUCAAAUUACUAUAAGAGAUCUUAUUUUUGUUUACAUCGAAAAAUAUUUACGACAACAUGUAGCUCCCGCUUUUUGGGCAAAAUUUACUAAAGCUGAAGAAGAGGUCAAAGGAUUUCAAUUAUUCAAGUCUGCAGUUAACGAUCUCUAUGAAUCGGCCUCUAAUUUUUUGCCUAUUUUAUCAAACCUUAAGAUAUUAUGUAGUAGCUGCUGUGAUAACAAGCCAAUAUUUGGUGAAAGAGAUGUGACAUCUGGAUUUAAGCAGCUGCUAAGAGCUACUCUGCUCUCUCAACUUCCUUUAGACUUUCAGGUCAUAAUUAACCAUUUUUAUAAAAUAUCUUUUAAUGUGUUUGAUAAUGAAUAUGAAAAUUCAGACAUGGGUGAAGAUGUAAUGUGUUCUGGAUGUUGGAAUGAAUAUUCAGAUUGCAACUGUGCUUACAUUGUUAAGGUCUUCCACGACACAAACCGGAAGCUUAUGGAACUUCAACUCCUGGAGAGAUUGACAGGACAAGUCUUAACUAAUUUUAUACAAAUGAGAAUUGAAUCACAUAUUCAAAAACUUUGUACUGGUACAUUUGAUGUUUCACAUAUCGGCUUUUUAGAGAAUUGGUUAGACACAACUGUCAUGUCUUGGUUAACAAGGAUAUACUGCGCAGGUUCAUCAAAACCACCAUCGGAUGAUAAAAAUAUUUUAAAUGCAAUUUCAAAAUUUAAGCAAAAGUUAAGUUAUUAUUUAUAUCAUAGUUACACAAAACUUAGAAUUGAUCAGUUAUUUAACAUUAUCAUUGAAUAUCCAGAUUCUCAACCUGCUGUAGAUGAUAUCAAGUUAUGUUUAGAUAAAACAGAUUUGCGUUCCACUUUGUGUAAAAAGUUACAAAAUGCUCUUGAGACAAGAUUGUUACAUCCUGGUGUAAACACACCUGACAUUUUAACAGCCUACAUUUCAACCAUAAGAGCUUUAAGGCACUUGGAGCCUUCAGGAGUAAUUCUCGAAAGUGUUACAAAACCUGUUCGGAGUUAUUUAAGAAACCGUGAAGAUACUGUGCGUAGUGUUGUUAGUAGUCUGACAGAAGAUGGUGCGGGAAGUGAACUAGCCGAAGAAUUGGCAAAAUUUGCUGCUGAAACUGAUGAUGAGAAUGACAAGGAGGAGGCUUGGGAUGAGUGGGUCCCAGACCCUGUAGAUGCAGACCCCAAAAUAAAUUCUAAUGAUAGAAAAGCAAAUGACAUUAUAUCUAUGCUUGUUAAUGUUUAUGGCAGCAAGGAAUUAUUUGUAAAUGAGUAUAGAACACUUCUAGCAGAUAGAUUACUAGCUCAAAGUGUUAUUAAUACAGAAAAGGAGAUACGAUACUUGGAACUGUUGAAACUUAGAUUUGGGGAGUCACAGUUACAUUUUUGUGAAGUGAUGCUAAAAGAUAUUUCAGACUCAAAAAGGAUCAAUGCACUUAUACAACAGGACAAAAACUUUGAGGGAUUUAGUGAUAAUUUCUCUUCUAAUGCUAUGAUUCUAUCAGCACAAUUUUGGCCACCGUUCAAAGAUGAAAGUCUAGAAUUGCCAGAGGAAAUUAAACAACACUUCAAUGCUUACACAAAAUCAUAUGAAGCAUUAAAAGGCAAUAGAACUCUGAGUUGGAAGCCACAUUUGGGAAAUGUAAAUAUUGAAAUUGAACUGGGUGAGAAAAAAUUAGACUUAACUGUUUCACCAUUUAACGCAACAGUAAUUAUGCAUUUCCAAAACAAACCUGAAUGGUCACUUGAUGAAUUGCAUCAAGUUAUGAAAGUACCUAUUACUAUUUUAAGAAGAAAAAUAACAUAUUGGCAGUCAAUGGGUAUUGUUGCCGAAAAGAGUGCCGACUACUUUGUAUUGGUUGAUGGAACAGAUGUAAACAAAUCUAGUGUUGCUGUUAAUCAAGUCCAAGAAAUGAUAUGUGAGGAUGAGGAAACUGAAAGUGUUAUGGCAUCUGCUCAUGACCAGAGAGAAGAUGAGCUACAAGUUUUCUGGACAUAUAUAGUUGGCAUGUUAACUAAUUUAGAUUCUUUGUCAUUAGAACGUAUUCAUCAGAUGUUGAAGAUGUUUGCAUCUCAAGCUCCUGGCACUGAAUGCAGCCUUCAAGAACUAAGACAAUUUCUAGAUAUAAAAGUACGUACCCAUCAACUUGUUCUACAGGCUGGAAUGUAUAAAUUACCAAGAUCUUAAGUAAAAGGUGUGUAAUAUUGUAUUGUUUUUAAGCAGAACUUUUUAUUGUAUAAAAUUAUCAUUUAUUAUUAUAUAAUAAGGUGUUAUAAUAUUAUUUACUAGAAAAUAAAUAAAAUAAG